CACCUCUUCUCCCCUCCCCACAUUGGCGCCAGUAAACAACUCUCGCUUACUUUGCGAUCACUUAUCCUCUCCUAGCCGCCACACCUCGCUCCGGUUUCACUCUCCUACAACCUUAACUCGGUGCGCCCGUCCUCGGAGAUUAGCAGCAAUUCAGUCAUCGCACAGCUACCCGCCCUGCCCGCAGUCGAGUCCGAGCUAGUCCUGCAUAGCAACGAGGACGGGAUACCGCAUCUGCGCCCUUCCAAGGCCCGUCCGGCACGCGCAAUCUAGCAGGAACGGUGUCCAGAUCUGAUCUCUAUGCAGGGGUCAAUUUUGUUUGACACUUCGAGGCCGUAUAUACACCGCAGAACCCCCCGAGCGCAUCCCUCUCAACCGCCGCGUGCCCAUGGUGGUGCGGGUGCAGCGCUAUGAGCAAGCCCGCCUUCGUGCGAGUAUCGGGCCCGCCAAAUGGCAAUUUCUUGAUCGGAUAUCCUGGCAUCUCUGCCACAAUGCCACGUAUUGAAGGCAAAGUCGAGAUCAGGCCCAGCACUGGCAUUUCACUCCCCGUCAGUGUAUCCCUCGUUACAAUCUCCCUUCAUCGUCGCGAGACGAUACACCCAUCGGCGGAUUCCGUGACCAAGAAGCGCCUUGCGCCACCCAGGAAGGAGAUCACUGAUAUCGUGGGCAAGGAGAUGCUCCUUUUCCGUUGCCCGGCUGGUCGAGAGUCUGAGGAAGUCAUCUCUAUGGAUCUGCCUUUUGUUCUCUUCAUUCCCUUUGGACGAGGGGGAGCAGAUGCAUCGAGGCGAGUCCCUCCGGCCAGCUUACAACUCCCCAGUCGCACUGCAGAGACGUACUAUGAGAUUGUGGUAGCGGUUCAACAGGGGCCCUCCGAACAGCGGAAAUACUCCUUCCCUGUCCCAAUAGCGCGCUACGACACGCUAUCUACAUUUGGGAUGUACAAUCGCCCCGAGUCAGCGGAGAGAGUAACGGAUCACUUGGUCACACUGGGAAUAUCCUUGCCGCGGUGGUCUUACGGGCCUCUUGACCCUGUAAGCGUCUAUGUCAAGCUUUCCCCAAACCCGGACUGGAUUAGCAAAGCCAGAAAAGUCACUAUAAACAAGAUUACGAUUGGCAUCGAUGAGGAAAUUGUAUACAAUCACGAGGGCGACGAGCCGCAACGGAAGGUCAAGACCUUGACCAAAAGGACAGAAGCAAUUGGUGUCAAACUACCCCCUUCUGGCUUUUUGACAAAUCUGGGCUUGGUGUUCCCGGCCAAGGAUAUGCGAGACUCUGAGGGAAUACUCCCUCGAAGUAGACCGGGGUUUCCCACUUACGCAGUGAGCGGGUUUACGACGACAGCAAGUCUCUACAAGGUCGAGUACUAUUUGACUGUCAAGGCUCACUUGGCAUCUGCAAGGGAUAUUGUUAUCCGGCAGCCGAUCGUCGUUUGCCCCCUGGACCAUGCAGGGUGUAAAGAGGAAAUGGAGGCUAUCGAGCAGGCUGCGCGGGACGCUGUUCAUGUGAAUCCGGACAAUCCCAUGCUACCUCUGCCCUCUAUCGUGCGACCUAACGAUCCAAACGCUCUUCGCCACCUCGGGGUGGCUAUAGUCGGAGGCAAGCACAAACCUUUGAUCGACUGAGUGGAGAGUAUCACUGGUGCAUAAGCCAUUUCCUCACAACGAUUGAACAUCAUCGACCACCGACUCUGAUUCAGUGCCGACUGAAGCAUCAGCGUCACAUCAUCCGGUCAAGCACACAUCACGACUUACUCUUCUAAUUGUUCUUCUCUUCGAUUCAGCAUGCCUGCAGAUUUUGCAGAGAGCAUGGACACGUAUUACGAAUGCAUGGGCGACGGAGUUCUUGUUGCAUAAAUUUCAUGGUCGCUGUAUGGAUUCAUAUCGCGGUUGGCCAGGACAAAACAGGGUGUUCAGGUUGACUUUGCUGCGCUUUGGCAGGGGUUGAUGGUAGAGAGGAUCGCUUCUUGCCUUGUCUCUUUUCUGCGCCCUCUUUUAUACAGUCCCAUCUAGUGGUGUAAGCUC